AUGUCUAUCAACAUCGAGACUGUCUCCCCCACCCAAAAGGCCGCCCGUGGCCCGGCUGAGCCCGCAGACGACGCUGCCGUCUUCCUGGGCACCAAGAACCGUCUCCCAGAGUUCGCUCUCACCGACAAGGUCGUGCUCGUCUCUGGCGCUGGCCGUGGCCUGGGUCUUGUCCAGGCCGAAGCCCUCGUCGAGGCUGGUGCCAUUGUCUACGCUCUCGACCGUCUCCCUGAGCCUUCCCCGGAAUUCGCUGGAAUACGUGAAAAGGCCGCCCGUCUGGGCACCAAGCUCGAGUAUCGCCGCAUCGAUGUCCGUGACACUGAGCUGCUGAACAGCGUGGUCGAGCAGAUCGCCAAUGUCGAGGGCCGCAUGGACGGUCUUGUCGCCGCUGCUGGAAUCCAACAGGAGACCUCCGCCUUGGAAUACUCUGCCAAGGACUCCAACACUAUGAUGGAGGUCAACGUGACUGGUGUGUUCAUGACUGCGCAAGCCGUCGCCAAGCAGAUGAUUCGAUUCGGUACCGGGGGCAGCAUUGUCAUGAUUGCUAGCAUGAGCGGCACUAUCGCCAAUAAGGGUCUCAUCUGCCCAGCUUACAAUGCUUCCAAGGCUGCUGUGCUCCAGCUGGGCCGCAACCUCGCCGCCGAGUGGGGCCAGUACAACAUCCGUGUCAACACCAUCUCGCCGGGCUACAUUCUCACAAAGAUGGUCGAGGACUUGUUCGUGCAGUUCCCCGAUCGCCGCGAGGAGUGGCCCAAGCAGAACAUGCUGGGCCGUCUGUCGCGCCCCGAGGAGUACCGCGGCGCGGCCGUCUUCUUGGUCAGCGACGCCAGCAGCUUCAUGACUGGCAGCGACUUGAGAAUGGACGGUGGCCACGCCGCCUGGUAA